GUACUCAAUGAGCGGGAUGCCGAGAAGAACCAUCGCGCCAGUCCGUGACGCUGGGACAGUAAUGGCGGCCGAGGCAGCGGCGAGGCUCGAGGCUUGACACUGAGGGUGAGGCUGACACACCCGGAGCUCCGCGGCGCCCCCACCGACCCUCGCCCCCCGCCGCAGAGGCCCGCAGCGCAGCACAGGCCUAAGGCAGGGAAGCUUUGAUUCCACAAAAUGUAUGGUAUACAUAGGAGAAGCUUACUAAGUAAACUGGCUGACGCAUUCCUCUCUUGUUGCAGGGGUGCUGUGUUGCCUUGUUGUCCUAUUUAAGUGCAACACUGCAGAAAGUAAUAAGAGUAAUCGGCCAAAAUGUCCAACACCCACCACCCGGAGUGCUGGACGACCAGUGACGUCUGCAUGUGGCUGAGGGAGCGAGGCCUCGGCAUCUACGUGGACCAGUUCAAGAGGCACAGGAUAGAUGGGGAGGCCUUGCUGCUCCUGACAGAGAGAGACCUGAAGGAGGACUUGCAGAUGAGUGUGCUUGGUGACGUUAAGAGACUUGGGGCGGCGAUAAACAGGCUGGCCAGGGCAGGGAUACAUGACCACCUCGACUUCCACAACAGCGUGUCUAUGUCUGCCUCGUCCUCGGCCGCACACAGCAGUCAGCACCUCAAGCACCACACACUCAGCACACUCUCAUCUACUCCGCUUCACACACGUUCCAGAAACUAUUCUUCUGACUCCCAAGCCUCAGACCUGCCCGAGCAGCCCCGGCUGGGCAAUCUGCGACGAGCCAGCGGGGUGGCGACACAGCUGAGGCCGGAGUACUUCAGGACUGCCAUCUCCUUCCUGUAUGUCCUCCUCGUGACCUGGAUCACGGCUUUUGUCAUGGUCUUUGUGCAUGACAGGGUGCCAGACAAGGAGAGGCACCCGCCCCUUCCAGACAUCUUCCUGGACAACGUUCCGCACAUCUCCUGGGCCUUCCAGCUCUGUGAGAUCACCAUCAUCACACUCGCCUCAGUUUGGUUUGGCAUUCUGUUUUUCCACAAGCACAGGUCCAUAGCUUGUCGGAGAUUCUGUGCCCUCUCUGGAUCGGUGCUGCUCCUUCGGUGUGCCACAAUGUUCAUCACCAGUCUCUCAGUCCCGGGAUCCCACCUGGAAUGUGCCCCAAGGAUCCAGAGUGACACUUGGACCAAAAUGAGUCAAGCUUACCUGAUCUGGCGCGGCGGCGGCCUCAGCCUGAUGGGCGUGCGGACGUGUGGAGACUACAUGUUCAGUGGCCACACCGCCACCCUCACACUCCUCAACUUCUUCAUCACAGAAUAUACUCCCCGAAGAGUGUACUACCUGCACAUCUUCUCCUGGGUGCUGAACAUGUUUGGCAUCUUCUUCAUCCUGGCCGCCCACGAGCACUACUCCAUCGACGUGUUCAUCGCCUUCUACAUCACGUCCCGCAUGUUCCUCUACUACCACUCCCUGGCCAACAACCGCGCCCUGCAGCAGCGGGACUCCUUCAGGACAAAGAUCUGGUUCCCCAUGUUUAGUUACUUUGAGGCUCACAUUGAUGGUAUUGUCCCUAAUGAGUAUUCCAAUCCUUUAGCAACAGGCAAACUCAUAAAAUUAGUGAAAACUCUAUUUUCGUGGUCAAACAGUGCACCAAAGAAGGAAAAAAGUAACUAGUAUCUAACACUGUGCGGUUGUUCUGGACGUGGCAUUUUAAAGGUUGUGAACGUGCUCAAAUAUGUCCUGUUAAAUGUACAGUUUAACCUUGUCCUGGUAGACUGUUUGGGAAGAUGCAAUCCACUUCCCAUGACAUGUUUACUGUCCAAUUUUAUUCCAGUAUUGUUUCUCUUCAAAGCUUUAAUUCUGAUAUUUCAUACCAUACUACCUCUUGCUAUACACAGUUGUGAUUAGCUGUAUCCCUACUGCCCUUUGCUCUGGCUUAAGAGAUACGUUGUACCAAUCCAUCUUUAUCUCUAACGCCCUCUUCCCUCACAGGGCCUUCCCUCCAGGGAGUGGCCAUGGCAGAAGCAUGUAAUUAACCUUUUUUUUAAUAAUAAUAAAAUAAUGUGUUAUAAAUGGAAAUGAAUUUACAAUUUACACUUGCCACUUGUGCAAGUUCUUCCAGAUUGAUUCCAUCAUGCACUUUUUAUAUGAAUCACACAGUUAAGCAAGUAAUCAAAUAAAUCAAUACUCAAGGUAUAUUUGAUGCCACAGUCUUAAUGUAUUCACUGUUAGUGAAACUGAAAGCAGCAUGUGCUGGCCUUAACCAAAAUUUUAGAAUGAAUUGUGUCCUGUGGGGCAAUCCUUGCUAGAGUUAGCCAACUCUUACACCCAGUAUGAUGUAUUCUUUGACAUGAUGUAUCCCUCACCUGCACGGCUCCUACCUAACAAAUUUGACCAACAUUCCUCCCUCCCAACAAGUGUUCACUGCAGGCGACAUGCCUACAAAAUGAGAACAUGUUUCAGGUAAUGAAUGUGCCUCAUAACUUCCAUUCCUAAAGCUCCACCUCACACUACUCCUGCCACAUACAAGCAAUAGCUGAGAGAGAAGGAAUGGAAGAUUGUGUUGACAGUCUACAUUUUGAGGAAGGCAAUUUACCAUUAUUGAUACCUUUAAGAUGUAUAUCCUUGCUGUGAUGCUGUACUACUUUCACUUCCUGCUUCUACAUGAAAAUUGAAGCACAAUUAUACAUGCCUAUAUUAUAUAUAUUUCGUUCUCUGAAAUAUGUACAUGCAGUAAGUUUCAUGUGGUAAACUCUAGAAGGCAUGGUAAUGCAUAACAUGGUCAUGUUACAUCCCAUUUGCAUAAAGUGGCUCAUCAAUUCUGCAAGAGUCUGCUGCUAAGAAAGUUAGUCCCCACACACCUUGGUGGCACACACACACACGCUGACCCCUGAGUCACUUCUCAGAACUAUUCAAGGAGAAUCUCCAAGCUAUAACAAUCAUGUCUAAUUGAUGGAAGUAUCAACACGAUUCUUACCUGGGGGAAGUGAGAAGGUGCUCUGAAGAGGGAGGAGCCUUAGUCUGUCGCGGUGCAGCAGGAUGUUGGUUCUUGCGUCACCCUCACCGGAAUGGAAGGAACUUGGCUCCGGCAGGCACUGUAUCAGAGGUUGAAUGAAGUGUUUAACACUUUACAAGUUGACCAAAGAUAUGUGAGAUCAUUGCUUCAAAUAUGAGUGUGUGCUAACUUAAUACUUAAUAUAAUUUAUUUUAUAAAAAGCUUUUAUUUUUCAUUAACUGCUAGAUGUGUACAGUUAGGGAGAAAAUGGUAAUGAGUGUUUGCACUGAAGAGCUAGGCAGGAAAAGUACUAUAGAAUGGGUGACAUGCAAUGGAUUCUCAGUUAAGCACCAUUUCCCUCCGUGAAACAUCAUUGUACGUCUGUUGAGAGGCACAGUGGGAGCAGCAGGGAUGACCCCAACAAAACAGGACCAGAAUGGAGGUACUUGUGGCCAAGCUGUCAGCAAGGGGUUGCCCUGUCCUCCCCACUCUUCGCCAAGACAAUCAGAUGCCUCAAUGUAUCCACUUGCACAUUAUUUAUAUUCUUCCUCAGGCUUCUGUGUUAGGCAAAUGCAUGAGACUGGUGCUCCUGAGAAGUGUUCGUGCAACAGGCAACUUGUGCUGCUGUUGGGCAUUGAAACCACUGUUGUGUUCUGGCCAGAAAACUUUCUUGCUGUGUUACUAAAAAAUCUUUCAGUUACAAUAUUUACUUUUUAUAUAGGCUCCAUAACUGAUUUCAUUUGCAAUAUUUAUAUUUAGAGUUUCUUCAGCACUUUAUUUUAUUCAUUAAUAGUUGAUGUGUUCUCUGCUUGGCUUCCUGCAAGGCUUCCAGCUGUGGCUGUUGCUACAGACAACUCCAGGAUAUGAAUGGGUUCAAAUAUUCAUACUUUUUAAAGCUCAAUUCUUGAUAUUGGACAUCAUGGUAGUGCUUACCUUCAUAAGCUCGCCUUCAUAUUUUUUUUAUGAAUAAACUGAGGACAAACAAAUUAAUAUGCUGUUGACUGGAGGCUAAUUUAGACUUUUCUUGUGUUAUUCAGUAAAAAUUGCAGCUGGAAGUUUAUGGCCCAAGUUAUGAAGAAGUUCAGCCUUUAGGACAAGACUAGGAUGUAGACCGAGGCACACUGAAUGACUGGCCUGUUUUUAUCCUGUGAUCCUGUGAAGUAUGCAGUGUACUUAUACCCUAAACAUUUCUUGUUAUCUGAGCUUGGCAGCGUCCUGUUUCCUGGGUGCAUUAUCCUCUUGCAUUUCACUAGGAGAAGCUUCAGCGCAUUUCACUUGUACAUCAAGACCAAGCUAUUUUUAUGUUAAACUGAAAAGCUUUAUAUUAUAUACAAAUAUAAUAAAACUUUUGAACCAUCA